AUGUCCGGCUAUCUUGUACGGCUUCGAGACAGCCUCAAGUUGGAGGAGGUAGAAGGAGAAAAGAACAACUCAAGAUGGGUGAACGAGGAUCUGCUACCUACACCUCUAGAGAAGCAAACAUGGCGUUGGUGGAACUACUGUACCUUCUACUGGUCAAUUUCCUUCACAAAUUGGACACUAGGAUCUACAAUGAUUGGAAUCGGUCUCAAUUGGUGGCAGGCUAUUAUUGUGAUUUUCAUCUCACAGCUGAUCUCUUCUGUCGCUAUGGCCUUCAACUCUCGUGCAGCAUCUGUCUAUCAUAUUGGAUACCCCGUUGUUGCCCGCAGUGUCUUUGGUAUGUGGGGAAGCUAUUACUUCGUCGCUGCGAGAGCUUUGAUGGCGGUCAUUUGGUAUUCGGUUCAGAUGUAUUCUGGCGCCGAGUACAUGUUCAUCAUCAUGCGAGCUAUUUUUGGACACCACUUCACCGAUAUCCCUAAUCACCUUCCUACAGGUGCUGGCAUUACUACUUCUCUCAUGCUGGCUUUCUUCAUUGCCUGGCUGAUUCACUUGCCCUUCUGCCACUUCCGACCGUACCAACUCCGUAUAUUCUUUGUGAUCAAAACUGCCGUCUCGUUCCCGGCCAUCAUCGGUCUAUUCAUCUGGGCUAUGGUCAACACCAAGGGACACAUCGGAAGUAUUUACUCUACGUCUACCUCUUCUUCAAGUAGCUUGGCUUGGUUAAUUCUCGCUGGUAUUAACAGUGGAUUGGGUAACACUGCGACUUUGAUCACUAACCAACCUGAUUACGCUCGUUGGACUUACAAGCGAAAUGCACCAAUUUGGACCCAGCUACUCAUCAACCCCUUUGCAGUGACAUUUUCUGCUACUCUCGGUAUCCUCGCCACAAGUGCUGUGAACGUGAAGUUCAAUGCCGACACAUGGAAUCAAUGGGACAUGAUGGGAUUGAUCUUGGAUAACUAUUGGUCUCCAAAGGUCAGAUUCGCCGUAUUCCUUUGCGCAGUAGCAUGGUUCAUCCAAAUUCUGGGUACAAACAUUGCCGCAAACAUGAUCUCAUUCGGUUCCGAUGCGGCCAUGCUUUGUCCCAGAUAUCUUAACAUGCGCCGCGGUCAGUUCCUCGUCGAGAUCCUGGCGUGGGCAGCAUGCCCCUGGCAAAUUCUGGUAUCAGCAACGAAGUUUGAGACUUUCCUCAGCGGAUACGGCUUGUUCUUGGCCAGUGUCGUCGCAAUUAUGAUCUGUGACUACUUCUUGCUGACGAACGGAAACGUUGUGACCCGCGCACUGUACAAUCCGAAGAGGGACAACAAAAACUACUACUACAACCGCGGAUGGAACGUCCAGGCUCUGAUUGCCUAUAUUAUCGGCAUUGCCCUUCCCUUCCCUGGAUUCUGCGGAGAGCUUGGAGCGAACGUCUCUGCGGCCGCAGAACACCUGAUGGACAUUGCGUGGAUUCUGGCUUUCACCAUCUCGUUCGUCUGUUACUACGUUAUCUGCACGUUUUGGCCAACCGAACAGCAAAAGUUUAUCAAAGAACAGGGAUAUGCGUUCGAGCAAUUAGCGCCAGAGGCUGGUGUUCAUGACUCGCCAUUUUCUAAUGAUGAGGAAACGUGUUACGAGGUGACUGUCGAGAAGAUGCCAGAGAAACUAUGA